CCCUUGUCCGUGCCCCGGUCCCGGCUCCGCUGCGGAUGGGGAGCGGAGCCCGGUGGGAUGCGGGAGGGCAGCGCUGGGGCCGGGGCUUAGGACCCGGCGGCUCCCCCGGCGCUGCGCGACAGCCGGCGGCGCUUUACGGCAGCGCGACGAGGAGGCCGCCAUGAGCUUCUCGGAUGUGUUCCGGGGCUUCUUCGGGUUCCCGGGGCCGCGGAGGCCCCGGGACCCUCUCUUCGGCUCCGCGGCGUGGGACGAUGAUGAUGAUGGAGACGAGGACGAGGAAGGCUCCUCCGUACCGGUGCCGGUGCCCCCGCCGCGCUCCGGGCCCCUCGAGCAGCUCUUCCGGGACAUGGGGGAGCUCCUGGCGCUGUUCGGUGGCACCGGGGCCGGGUCUGGGCUCCCGCUGCCCCCUCCGGAGCCGGGACCGCUGCGGGACUCGAUGCUGAAGCACCCGGAGAGCCGGAGCUGGAGCCCGAGCCCUGCGCUGGACCGGUCCCCGGCCACCCCCGGCCUCAAGGCAGACCAGGACCUGGACUCGGAGGUGUCGGCCGCAGGGCUCGGGCCUGUCCUGCGAGGGGAGCUCCGGGAUCACCGGGAUCAUCACCGGUACUUCCAGAGCGUGUCCGUCACCAGAGUCACCCUGCCCGAUGGGGCAGUGGAGGAGCGCCGCACGGUCCAGGACAGCCAUGGUCGCAGGGAGACAACGGUGACUCGCCACAGGGGGGACCAGACCUUCACCAGCACCAUCACCGAGGACGGGCAGAGCAGAGACCACCGGGAGGAGCUGCUGCGGGUGGAUGAUGGUGAGUGGGGCACUGAGCAGGGUGUGUGGGGCAGGGCAGGGCCCCAGGAACCAGCUCCUCCUGCUCUCCCAGGGCAGCCGGUGCCGUUCACAGGUACCCGGACACCAGAUGAUCUCCAGCCUCCCACCAUGAGGGAUCCAUCCUCUGUGCUGGGCAGCAUCUUCCGACGCUGGUUCUCAGGCUGGUAACUGUGCCCAGCCUGGCUGAGCACCCUGUAGAUGGAUCACAUCCUGCUGGGAGCUGGUGUCAGGAGCUGCUCAUCUUCUGUGGAAACACCUCUUGUGGGGCUGAGUGUGCACAUGUGUACAGAGAAAUAAAGUCUAUUUAUGCUAA